AUGAUUAUUUUAACAUUUUCUUUUUUCUUUUUCUUGUUCACUCUAGUCGCUGGACAAUCAUGGAAGGAGGUCUUUUUAACUUCAAACGUCACUGGAGUGAGUGCUCAAUGUGCAAACGACACAGAAACAUGGCUGAACUCUCUGAAACUGGUAGCAGAGGUGUCGAAUAACUGCUUGACAGGGAAAAAUUGUACAAAAGGCGAAGAAAAGAUUAUAGAAGACAACCUUUACGCAGUUGAACAAUACGAUGCAUGGGGGAAAUUCCCAGCGAGUGGAAUUUUUCAAGUACCCCUGUUAUGGGAUGGGUCUUAUCAAGAAUGUGAAAGGAUUAGCGGCGAGAAAUAUGAGACAAAUUACUGCUACAUGAUCUUGUUCCCGGGAAAAAAUGCCACAUGUCAAAUGUCUGAUGGUGAACCCACUUCCACCGCCAUCCGCGGUGCAGUCUGUAUGCCAUAUUCUUGUUCACAAGAUGAUCUUCCGACAGUCUACAAUCAGAUUUCAAAUCAACCAUUCACCGCCUGUGGUGCGUUUUGUUCAAAGUAUCCAGUCAAAAAAACACCCGCAUUCUGGGGGUUCACAUCUUUCAUGGCAGUAAUGGUAUCUAUUGUUGUCGUUACUACGUUGGCUGAUUAUCUGAAAGACACUAUGAAAAAAGAGGAUGUAGUGAGGAAAGAUGGGAAAUUACUUCAAAUGGCUAUGGCAUUCUCAAUGUGGACAAAUGCUGGUUUACUCUUAUCGGUGAAGGAACAGAAGCCUGGAUUCAUCAAAUGUUUGGAUUGUAUUCGCUUUCUGUCAAUACUCUGGGUGAUCACAGGACACACAUUUUCAUAUUUGAUGAUGCCAGAUCAAGUUCUUUCGGUUCUCCCAUUCACUGGUCGUUUCUGGAACCACUUGGUCUUGAGCGCUUUUUUCUCAGUCGACACUUUCUUCUUGUUAUCUGGAAUCGUCGUCGCUUAUCUUUUCUUCAAGACAAGACCAAAGCUAUCUCAAAUCAAGAGUCCAGUGACUUGGAUUCUUUUUUACGUUCACAGGUACCUUCGCUUGACUCCGCCAUUGAUGGUGUUUAUCGGAUUCUUAGUGGUUUAUGGAUAUUAUAUUCAAGGUCCUGGUGUAGCUUCUCAGAUGAACCAACUAAACCCGCAAGCGGAUGUUUGUGCUCAGUACUGGUGGCAGAACAUGCUUUAUAUCAAUAAUUUGUUUCCAAACGCGAAUCAAUGUUACGGUAUCACCUGGUAUCUUGGUGUAGAUACCCAAUUGUACCUAGUUGCUCCAAUAUUUUUGAUUGGAUUGUAUUUUUCAUUUGCUGUUGGGACAGCUCUUCUGGUUGCAGCAAUAGUUGGUAGUGUAGUCGCAGUUUACGUUCUGUUUGGUACUUAUGAUUUGCCUGCUGACUUUUUUGGAGAUGGAGACAAAACAUACUUUUACGACAUUAUCUAUGAUAAACCAUGGAUUCGUGGUACCCCAUAUUUCAUCGGAAUCUUAGUUGGAUACUUCCUUGCAACCUAUGGAAAACGGAAGGUUCGUUUGAAUUGGGCGUUAUCGAUAACUGGAUGGCUCAUUGCUUUUGGAAUAGCUAUGAUGUGUAUAUUUUCAAGUUAUGAUUAUGAUAGAGGAAUACUGUGGAGUAUCUUCAUCCGUGCUUCCUAUUAUAACUUCUCUCGGAUAGGCUGGGCCAUAGCAGUCUCCUGGGUGAUUGUUGCAAAUCAUAUGGGAUGGGGAGGACCUAUUGAAAAUUUUAUGUCUCAUCCUUCUUGGCAACCACUCGGAAGAUUGUCAUACUGUGCAUACAUUGUCCAUUAUGUUAUUUUAUAUUUUUACCUCAGCAUCGGAGGCGUCAGUAUUCAUUUUUACUCAAGUUUCCAAAUUUUCAUGUAUUACUCGGUACCGACAGCAUUGCUUACAUAUAUUUUUGCAUUUUUCUGGAGUUGCUUCUUUGAGAUUCCAUUUUCAAAACUAGAAAAAAUACUGAUCGAAGCAAUUAUUGGUGGGGGUGGCCGGAGAGCUGGAGACGCCGGAAUUGAUAACUCGAAACUUCCAAAAGCUAAAGAAGGAGAGUUGUGGGAUGCUGAUGUGGAAGAAGUAUCAGAGAAACCUUUGAGUACAAAUUUAGAAGAGCGUCGGGUAUAUUCAAAUAAAUAA